UAAACCUAAAUAAUAAUAAAAAUAAGAACCCAAAAAUGUCAAAAGUAAAAUCAAACCAUUACACACUCCCUCUGAUAUACACAUAUAUAUAAAACGGUCAGGCCACAGCAGACCCGAACAGAGAACAAACACAUACUUUUGUGCCCCCUUUUCUCGUGCUUCGAUCACGAGUUCGAUCACAAGAAUCCCACGACACCAAAAAAAAAAGGGGAUUGGGGAAGAUUCAAUAAGAAUAAAUGGAGAGAGGCAAGCAGCAGCAGCAGCAGCAGCAACAGGUAUUGGACGGUUCGGACAUCGUGGAACUGGUGGAGAACGAGAAGGUAUUCGACCAGUACGUAGACCGCAAGUUCAAGCAGCUGGACCGCGACGAAGAUGGUCGGCUUUCCGUGACGGAGUUACAACCUGCCGUUGCCGACAUCGGCGCCGCCCUUGGUCUGCCCGCUCAUGGUUCCAACCCUGAUUCCGACAACAUUUACUCCGAGGUUCUGAGCGAGUUCACGCAUGGAAUUAGCCAAGGGAAAGUGAGCAAAGCUGAGUUCAAAGAAGUUCUGUCGGAUAUUCUGUUGGGUAUGGCGGCCGGUCUGAAACGCGAUCCGAUCGUUAUCCUUCGGAUGGACGGUGAGGAUCUCUCGGAGUUUAUAAGCAGCCCCGGCUAUGAAUCUGAGAUCGUGUCGCUGUUUUCCGAGUUUGAUUCUUCGGAUUCUUCCCUUUACGAUUGCAUCGUCAAAGCUCUCCAGUUGCUCUCGGUUGAUCACGGGAUGCCCCCAGCAAACGAUCCAUGGGUUAUGAGCAACAUCGUGGAAGGAAUUCUUGAAUCUUGUCUUGAUGAAGAAAUCAAGAGGGAGAAACCCGUCUCGCAGGAGAGGUUCUUGGAGGAAUUCAAGAAAGUGGCGGAGGCGGUGGCUCAGCGGCUCAAAGAACAGCCCGUGAUCGUCGCCCACAGCGAGAACACCUUCGACGGGAGCGGAAUCAGGAGACUUCUCUCCAACAAAUUUGAACUUGACAAGGCGCUGAACAUGGCGUUGGAGAAGGUUCCAAGAGACCGCCAUGGAAAAAUCUCAAAGGAGUACCUAAGGGUGGUGCUUGAUGCUGUUGCCCCUUCUGCAGGUUUACCCCCUCUCGGCGCCGUUGAUCAGAUGGACAAAGUGAUAUCAGGGGCGGUGAAGAUGGUGGACGGAGACGAUGGAAAGAUGGUGAAGGAAGAAGAAUUCAAGAAGACAAUGGCGGAAAUAUUGGGAAGUAUAAUGCUGCAGCUUGAGGGGAAACCCAUCUCUGUGUCUUCCAACUCGGUGGUUCACGAGCCUCUCACCUCCUCCACCCUUCUCCCUCCCUCCACCGAGGAGGAGGAGGAGGAGGAGUCCUCUUACUAAUCAAUAUACCAUUAUAAAUUACUCAGACAAAAAAAACAAACAAAAAGAAACGCAAAGUUUGUGUUUUCUACCCCGGAGUUUUAGCUUAUGAGGAAAUCUCUCCUUACAAAAAGGUCCUUUGGUUGGCUCUGGAAAGUCUCUCGGUGUUAUGGAUUCAGAGAGCCAUGGGUGAAUUUGAGGGGUUUCUUGAGCGGAUCGAAAGUUUAGGGGCGAUCUUUUCAUAACCUGAAACUCCAGCGGGAGAAAUGUGACGUUUGCUCUUUUAACCUAAAUUGAAUUAAAUACGCCUGUUAAUUUCUUUUCCAUAAUUAUAAAUGUAACAAUCUCGAUGGAUGUGUGUGUGGAUAUUCCAUGCCUUACCCGACAACAAACAAAUAUAUAACAGAUAAAUAAUUUCCCUUCAA